GGACAGAGCGGCCGCACUUCAAGCACUGUGCCUGGCACGGCGAGCUCUCAAUAAGUGCUGUGGCGGUUGGCAGUAUUACCUGGGUCAGUUUGGAGGCUGAGAGGGGCAGCUCCUGGGCACAGGAAGGCCAUCUGUGCCUUUGACAGGAAUGAGGAUGCGCUGCCUGACCAUGCCCGUGUUGCUUCGGGCCCUGGCCCAGGCCCAGGCCGCACGUGCAGGGCAUGCCAGUGGCCGGGGCCUCCACAGCAGCGCAGUGGCAGCCACCUACAAGUAUGUGAACCUGCGGGAGCCCUCGAUGGACAUGAAGUCGGUGACCGACCGGGCAGCACAGACCCUGCUGUGGACCGAGCUCAUCCGAGGCCUGGGCAUGACCCUGAGCUACCUGUUCCGCGAGCCUGCCACCAUCAACUACCCCUUUGAGAAGGGCCCGCUGAGCCCGCGCUUCCGCGGGGAGCACGCACUGCGCCGUUACCCGUCCGGGGAGGAGCGCUGCAUCGCCUGCAAGCUCUGUGAGGCCGUCUGCCCAGCCCAGGCCAUCACCAUCGAGGCUGAGCCGCGGGCCGAUGGCAGCCGCCGGACCACGCGCUACGACAUCGACAUGACCAAGUGCAUCUACUGCGGCUUCUGCCAGGAGGCCUGCCCCGUGGACGCCAUUGUGGAGGGCCCCAACUUCGAGUUCUCCACGGAGACGCACGAGGAGCUGCUGUACAACAAGGAGAAGCUGCUCAACAACGGGGACAAGUGGGAGGCCGAGAUCGCUGCCAACAUCCAGGCCGACUACCUUUACCGAUGACCGGCCGGCCCGCGGCCUCUCCUGCCCAAUAAAAAGCUCUGACCUCCCCCGCCA